GUCACUUUGUUUAUGUUUUUUGAAUUUUCUUCUCAAUUGUUUCAGUCAAUCAUUUGACCCUUUCAAUCAAUUUCUUUUUAUUAUAUUAUUUCUUUUUAUUUAUUCUACAUUGUCAACCUUCUUUCAUCCUGUGGUGUUGUUGUUUACAAUAUAAUCUACCCUUUUAUAGGGAAAAUCAACUGUCUUACUAAAUGUCUUCACCUUCGGUGACUCCGCCUGUGUUGCCAACUCUUGAACCUUACCAAAGAUUAGCUUUGCGACUUGCCUCACCAAAUGACCCAUCUUUAUCACCCUCGAUCUCACUUGUUGAAGAGAUACGAGAUGUUUGUCUCUCUCAGUCCAUCGGUGAACAAGAUUAUAUCAUUGAAAAUGAAACCAUAAGGCUUACAGAGAGAAUAGUAAAAUCUAUCAAGACUAACCGUCAGGUCAGUGAUAAAAUAGAUGAAAUCGAUGAGAAUAUUGGCCUUCUCAUUCGUAAUUCUCGAUUAACUCUAUCAGCUGAAGCUUUAGCUGAGAUGAAAUCUUCUGUAGUCACAAGUAGAAAGUCACGAAGAAAAAGGUGUGGUGAUAAUGGAAGUCCCAAUACAGAACCAAGAAAAUGGAUUCCCUUUGAUAUCGGAAAAUUUAACCAAGGAAAUUGUUCUGGAUUAAAAUGUUAUUCUCACCUACUCUAUGCUCUUCAAACUCAACCCCGAUAUUUGUCACGUUUAUUAUUCGCUGUUCCAACCUUUCAGGUUUCAUCAUUCUUCAAGAAUUGUAUAUACUCACUGUUCUUCUGUGAACCAGGGGAAAGAGAGAUUUACCUUCUUUGUAAACUUCUUCAAGAAUCUCUAAAAGAAGAGGUCACUCAAAAAAUAACCAAAGCAAAUUACAUAAUCGAUGGAGAUCCAAUGAUCGUAACAAUCGCAUUGGACUGUCAUCGUGCUCAUCGACAAGCUUUAUUUGAUAUUCUUCAACCUGUGAUACUGGAUAUUAUCUCUCAUAAAGAACCAUUCCUAUGCCUCGAUCCAAUCUCUCUUUACAAGGAUCAUUACAAUCUAAAUGGGACUAAUCCAGUUGACGAUAAAAACCAACAAGAUGUAGAUAUCACUAUCGAACAAGCUCUCAGUGAUAAUCAAGUUCGAGCUCAAUUAGCUCAUAACAUUCCCUUUAUUGUGAAAACUUGUGGUCGUCUCAUCGAUACCAUAGUUUCCUCUGAAUUCAUCGAUCUCAUUCCCUUUGGACUUAAAUAUAUUUGUAAAAGUUUAGACUCAUCACUUGCGGAAAAAUUGAUCUCUCUAAAUGAACCUUACACCGAGGAAGACAAAAUCAAAGUAAUAUCAAAUAUCCUUUUCACCCGAUGGAUUAAACCCUGUAUAUUAUUCCCUGAAGCUUAUUUAACCAACAUGAGAGAAAAUGAAAAGAAAACCAGCCUGAUUUCUCGUCGAAAUUUAAAUGGUGUUUAUAAAAUAAUCCAAGCGGCGGUCACAGGUAAACGGGUAUUCACUUUCUCACCUAUGGUACCCCAAUCAUCAAUUAAGAUUGAAGAGACUCAACAAUUGGAUAAUUUCCUUGAACAAUCGUGGCUCUUGUUGAAACGUUUAGUUGAUUCAAUCUGUUCUGUGAAUGAAAUUUCAGAAAUCUUUUUCUUCAAUGAGUUUGCCGAUGAAGCUUCACUCAAACCACCGAGCGUAACGGUCACUUUUCAAGAGAUAAUGGAAACUCAUUCAAUUCUUCACAGAUAUCAAAAUGAUAUUUCUCCAAAUGAAAGUGAUCCAAUCGAUGUUGAAUUUCACACUCUAAUGAAUGAAUGUGGUCCACCCCAUCAAGAUAUUCAAUCUUUACUCAGUUGUGAUCUUGAAUAUGUGGAGAGUGUUGGUUCGGAUGAAUUGAUGAACAUGGAAAUAUCUUUACCCUUGAGAUGUCGAGUGAUCAAAGAUAUUCCCCUUGGAUCAAAAGGAACAAACGGAGUAAAACAAGGAAUAAUUGAACUAAUUCGAAACCGAGCCAAUUGUAAAGAUUUGAAUCAAGUUCUAUUUCGAAGAGUAGACGAAGAAGAGGAUAAUACUUUCAUGGAACAUAAGAAAUCAAUCAAUUGGAGUUUACCUCAAGAUCUCUUGAAACACUCAAUUCUAAUUGGUCCAAACGAACCUGCAAAUCUUUGCUCUUUACUAGAAUAUGCUAUUCGAAAUAUGAGACACACGGAAGCUCGAAGUUUCGAUGAAAUUAUUCUAAUGAUUGCAAACGACAUAAUUAACAAGCUACAAUAUCGCAAUCAAAGAUACGCCAGGAUGAUUAACCUCGAGGAAACUUUAAACACCAUAAUGACCAAACAUGAUCACCUCCAAGAGAUUUACCAAUAUUAUGAGAAAUAUUUAAACAAAUGUAAGGCCAGUUAUCGAUUGUCACCUUCUUUUGCCAGAGUGACCACAACAGCAUCACCCUCGCCAUUGUCGACCAGUACAGAUGGACCUUGUAUAAGAUUCACGGCCACCAAGCUGAAAGAAAAGGGUGUCCUCAUGACUAUGGGCGAUUAUAAAUCAUCAGCGCUGAAAAGAAUCAAAUUUGAAUUUUUACCUAUGCCCGAAUCGACUCUUUCUAUUGAGUUGCGAGUUUUAGAUCGCAAUCACGACUUGGGUUGUGUUCGCCUCGAUCUUCAAUUUCUACUAAAAUUGCAAUAUGAUGGCAUCCGAAUAGUCAAUAUACUUGAGAAAACUCAUCUCAGUGUAAAUCAUUUACUUUAUUUAAUCAAUAGCAAAUUUUAUUUGCGUAAAAAUUGAUUACCAACAAAAUUUACAAAAAGAUCAAUUUAACUUCAUUUAAACCUCAUUCCAUUUGACAAAUUGACAAGCUUUUUUGUGAUUAUUACAAUUUAUGUAUUUAAUUCGUAACAAUUAGUAUUAUAAUACUCGAUUUUACGAUUGUUGUAACAUUUUGUAUCAUAUUUUACACUCAUCAUCCCCAAAAGCAUGGAUAUAAAUCACUUUCAUUUUAACAUUUGAUCAACUUUCCGGUUUCUUGUAACAAUCAACUUGCAUCUUUACACAAUUACUUGAUUUCUAAUGAGAACAAUUAAUCAGCUCAACUAUUUUUCCAUCUCAUUGAACAAUUACAUCAACUAUGUCAAUCGAUCAUCUUGUAAAACUCUUCAUUUUUCUCACUCUGUAAAUUGUAAUUUUCUCAUUU